UGUGAAUGAAAAUAACCCAAGUCCUUCUCUAAUCCCUGCCUAUCCUUUUUAUCUCAGGAUUCAGACCAGUCGGAGCAGAGUGGAUCUGUGAGCGUGCAAAACACCACGAUGCAUCCCGCGUCCUGUUAGACCGAGUAGCGGCGCAUGCUUUGUAACUGUAGUUUAGUUGCAUAGUGUUCAGUAGCUUGCAAAAUGAGUCGACAUUUUCCUGCAGCUUUUUGUUUGGCUUUAGUUUUUCUUCCUCUGAUGAGCAGUCCGUGUCCUGCCCAGUGCAGCUGCUUCUUUCACAAACUAAGCGACGGAUCAAAAGCGAGAAGUGUUCUUUGCAAUGAUCCGGAAAUCACUGUGGUUCCUCAAAAUUUCCCAACCGACACGGCAAAGCUCCGCGUUGAGAAGACGGCAAUCACACGGAUUUCUAGCAGCACCUUCCACUACCUCAACAGUCUGGAGUUUCUCUGGAUGUCUUUCAAUUCCCUGAACUCCCUGACUCCUGACAGUUUCCGGGGUCUUUACAACCUUAAUGAGCUCAGGCUGGAUGGCAACUCCCUUACCUCCUUCCCCUGGGAGUCUCUGACAGACAUGCCAAACCUGAGGCUCCUCGACUUACACAACAACAAGAUCUCCAGCAUGCCUGCAGAAGCCAUCAUGUAUAUACAGAACAUAACCUACCUGGACUUGUCUAGCAACAGUCUCACAACCGUUCCUGGUGAAAUUCUCACAAUGUGGCUAAGUGUGAAGCCACCCCAGGACGCUGAUUCUGCUAAACUAAUACUUGGUCUUCAUGAUAACCCGUGGCUGUGUGACUGUCGACUCUAUGAUCUGGUUCAGUUUCAGAAGUCCCCCUCGUCCUCCGUGGCUCUCAUUGACACUCGACUAAGAUGCGCUGAUCCCGAGAGCCUAUCAGGGGUUCUUUUCACUGAAGCAGAGCUGCAGAGGUGCCAAGGCCCUCGAGUGCAUACGGCUGUGGCUCGUGUUCGGAGCUCACUGGGCAACAAUGUGCUGCUGCGCUGUGGCACAGUUGGAGUCCCCAUCCCAGAGCUGUUCUGGAGCCGUGCUGAUGGCAAGAAAAUGAACGGCACCGUUCAGCAAGAGAUCUCAAAGGAAGGCAUCAUUUGGUCGAUUCUGAGCGUGCCUGCUGUCUCUUACCGGGAUUCUGGGAAAUAUGUUUGCAAGGCGACCAACUUUGUGGGCACGGCAGACGCUGUCAUCUCCUUGGUGAUCACAGAUUCCUUUCGGUCAGAAGAAGCAGGAGGUGGCGGUGGUGGUACUUCUAAGAGAUCAAGGGGGAAGAAAAAUGGUGGCAUUGGCAGAGCGGCAUACCAGGAAAAGCUUAUUGCCAGAUACGUUCCUCCACCUACAUCUACAGCUGCACAGCCCAUCAUUGAACCUCUUAAUGGCAAGGGGGUGACUGGGAAGUAUGAGAUUGAGAGCUACAGCAUCUCUGAUGGUGUUUCUCAGGGACGAGGCAAAGGUUCGGAUGCACAAAAGCCACUGGACGUGCAACAGGAUGCUUUAAGUAACCUAUCGGCCAAUGCCUCAUCGUUACAGCAAGCUCCUGAGAAAAGGAUAGUGCGUUCUGUAAAGGUGAUUGGUGACACUGACCAUACUGUCUCUCUGAACUGGCGAGCCCCUACAGCCACAAAUACCACCGAGUUUAGCGUCCUAUAUGCUAUAUUUGGUGAGAGAGACAUGCGUCGAAUCAAUGUGGGCUCUGGAAGAAACAGAAUCACAAUUGACGGCCUUGUGCCAAAGACAAAGUACAUUGCCUGUGUUUGCGUCAAAGGCCUGAUCCCAAAAAAGGAGCAGUGUGUAAUCUUCUCAACCGAUGAAGCAGCCAGUGCCAGUGGCACUCAGAAGCUCAUUAAUGUGGUGGUGAUAACGGUGGCAUGCGUGAUUGCUGUUCCUCUUACACUGAUUGUGUGCUGUGGGGCAAUAAAGAAACGUUGCCAAAAGCUGCUGGGGAAGCAAUCCAAAGAAAUACAGGACUCGUAUGUCACGUUUGAGACCCUCGGCCCUGGGACCAAAGCUAAGGGGAUGGAAGGCGAGUAUCUAACGAGGCUAAAUCCUGACGAAUCCAACAGGCUGCUCUCAGCGAGAUCUAGUGUUGACUCAGAGGCCACAGCCAGGACUGAAGGGCUACCUAAUGAGUACUUCUGUUAAAACCAAACAUAUGCCUCAGUUCCCAAAGGAUGCACUUUGCACCGCCGUGCUCCACUGUUAGAAAGAUUCAAAUGAUCCUCUUUUUAAAGGGGUAUCCAGAGGACACUUGUAGCUCUUUUAGGACUGGAUCUAUUCAAAUAAAUUACAGCCUUGUGGGAGUAAAAGCUACCAUUCAUUUGGUGGGAAACAACAAAAAGGGAAAAUAUACACAGUAACACAGUUGUACAUUUACAAGUGGUGUAGAAAUAACUUUUUUUAAUUCAUCGUGCACUUUUAAGAAUAAGAGAAAAAUCUCUUGAUGCCCUAAACUCUCUUAAACCCAAUACAUUCACUUUUCUUUGUUUUUUCCUAAGAUGUAACUUAUGCUUUGUGUGAAAAUCUUUAUUCUACACGUAUUUAGGGAAACAAUAGUUUAUUUAGCCUGUUUUAUAUGUCAGUAUGAUGUGAAUGUGCCAGGUUUACUGUUGGGUGAAAAACCUGAAAUACAGUACAUUUUGUAAUGUGUAAAUAUUUGUAACCUAAAAUAUAUGUGUAUGUAUGAAUGUACUGUAUAAAAAUAAAUAUUUUUAUAUUGAUUUAUGCUUACUUUUUUCCUACAUCUUUACUUUCCUUAAAAACACCCACACGUAUCCCCUGUAUCUAUAAACUGCUACAAAACAUGCUUAAACUAAGUAAAUACAAUCAAUUAAUACAGCUGUAGGCAAAUCCGAGGCAGUUUUUGUAGCAUUAAUAUAUGAAUCACUACAGUUGAUACAUAUAAUGG